GCCAGAUCUGUUUCAUUUCUCUCGUCCAUUUGGGAUCUUCGUCGGGAGAUCUGAGUUUGUUUUGCUGGAUUUUGCUUCAUUUUCUUGCAUCAUUUUAAGUGCUUCAUUUCGCCGCUGCUGCUUUGUGUGGGCUGAGUUCAUUUCCAUCUUUGAUCAGAGUUUAGGGCAAGUGCAAAAACUUCUGGCUUUUGUAUCUCAGGAUCAAUUGCUUCAUUUCGCCGCUUCUGCUGUGUGGGCUGAGUUCAUUUCCAUCUUUGAUCAGAGUUUAGGGCAAGUGCAAGAACUUCUGGCUUUUGUACUCAGGAUCAAUCUUUCAUCACACUUCCAUCACGAUUACAACUGGAUGGACAGUGCUACUUGUGAGCCUAAUAGAAAGUCUGGAGAUAUUUGUGGUGGUUCCUCUGGACAAGGUCUAAGCUGCAGGGAUUCCCUUGUUGCACAAAAAUGUUGCAAUGCCAGCAAUAAGGAAGCAGGAAUGUGUAUUGCAACUGCAGAGGAUCUGAAUGUGCGAUUCUGUAAUGAUGAGGUUGCUGCAUUGAUAGUACAAGAAAUAGGUAACAAUUUUCAGGGAAUGCUGCAUAUUUGUGAUUCUUCACAGCAACUUUCUGGGAACGAUGCAUCUCUUGAUGAUGACAAGAUGGAUAUGUCUAUUAAAAUUAGAAUGCUUCAAGAGAUGAAUAAUUCUGUCUCCUUGGAUGCAAAAGUUGAGAGAAGCUUGAACAAGUUUCCGACGUUUCCAUGCCCCAAAGAGUUGCAGAACUGCUCUGCACCCAUGAAUUGCAGGAAAGGACUGCUCAGCAGAUUGCUAGAUGGUCCAACUUCUUCCAAAUCUGAAAAUCCUGCUUAUGCGCGUUCCUUGUCUUUGCCUCCUUCUUCUAGUCUGGUGUCUGCCAUGAAGGGAGGCCGUGAAGAGAAUGGGAUAUGUCUAGAGAUGAAGCUGCAUGUGAAGUGGGCACCGGAGGUUUAUGAUCCACCUUCCACCACCAUGUCUCACACUGUGAAGAGCCACCAGCACCGGCCCAAAGCCCGGAGAAAGGACCAACAAAAGCACAAGCACAAGGGCAAAUCUUCCCGCAAUAAACACACUAAUAAAACUAAUGGUGGCAACAAAGCCAGUACUUCUUAUACGAGGCCAAGAGGAGAUAAUGAAGAGUUGCUAUUUGACGGAUGCUACUCGUCUGAGUUCACCCUUCCCAGUCAAGAAGCCAAAUGUGGUAGCAAUUUCCUUGGAAACUCACUCACUAAAGUACAACUUUCAACAGCCGAGGUCUGACUAGAAGAGCCGAGAGAGUUUCCUGACCACCUUUAUGAUGAUUGUGGAUAAAUAAGAAGCAGGCACUCUUAUGUGGUUCUGUUCUGGAUCUGUUGUGAGCUUGUGUGUUUUGCAGUCUUGAGUGUGACUUUUGAAUGUGACUAAAGAGUAUAAACUCUCCCUUAAUUUAGCAAUUAGGAUAUCAUCAUAUUGUAUAGGUUUUCAGUACUUUGGUCGUGACAAAGCUUGUAUGGUUGGAUUUUGGAACUUAUGAUUACCUGAGUUUCUUGA